AUGAACAAGCAAGCCAAACUCGAGGUGUCAACUACCUCUAAACAAACUUUCAAAACCUCCAAACGAAGAAACACUCUAAUUAUUGCUCUAGUCACCGUUGCAGGUUUCUUAGGCCCCGUGGCUGGCAACAUUUAUGUGCCUCUUCUUCCACUAUAUAAAUCAGUGUUCAACACAUCCACUACCACUGUCAACGGGACGGUUUCGAUUUUCAUGUUCACAUUUGGCAUAGCACCGCUCUUUUGGGCCUCUCUAGCUGAUAAGCAUGGUCGUCGACCGCUUUAUUUGCUCAGCUUGCCGUUCUAUGUCAUCUCGGCCGUUUUGCUCAGUUCUCUUAAACCACAUAUCGUUUCACUCUACAUCCUUCGAGCAAUUCAGGCGUUUGGAGCUUCCAGUUUGGUCUCCUUGGGUGCUGCUACCAUCUCUGAUAUCGUGGAGCCAAAAAAUCGAGGCAAGGCCAUCUCCUACUUUUUGUUAGGACCCCAGCUCGGUCCGAUGGUUGGUCUGGUGGCCAGUUUAGUCGGUGCUGGAGGCCAAUGGCGCUGGACAUUUGGAAUCAUAUCGAUUUUGGGAGGUGUUGCUUAUGGAGCCAUUCUUUUCCUCCUUCCCGAAACUCUGAAGGGGUUAGUGGAAGCAGAGGAAGCUUGUCUUGAAUUGAAAGAGUAUCUUGUUCCAAUACAAGUAGUUUUCCGGUUUAAACCUCAAGCGAAUGAAAUUCACAAAGUUUCCACAUUCAAGCUCAUUGCCAAAGUGCUUCUGUACUUGCUGAUUGUAUGGUGUUCCAUAAUUGGAGCGUUUCUCUUUGCUUCUUUCUACUCAUUGACAGUGUCAUUCGCAUCGGUCUUGAAGCACUCCUACAAUUUCUCGCAAGCGUUGGUCAGCGUCUCGUAUUUAUGUCCCAGUAUGGCACUUGUAUGUGGAUCACUUAUCACUGGUCGGAUCUCAGAUCUCCUUCAAAUGAAAAGAGUAAAUACCGAUAAGUCUCCUCACCAUCCAGAACGAAGACUAUUGAUCCAAACAGGAGGUUUACUCAUUUGUAUUGCUGGACUCUGCUGCUACGGAUGGGCUCUUCACUAUAAAUGGAGCGUGGCUACCGUGUUUGUUUUUUCGUUCAUGAUUUCAUUUGGUAUGAGUUCUGUUUCGGUAGUGAACAUGACUUAUAUGACUGAAUGUCCUACUGGGUAUGUUUCGACCAAUGUGGCGGUGGGCAACAUGGCAAGGAAUUUGGCAGCGGGUGUGGCGUCGCUUGUUAUCGAUGUUUUGACUCGAAAAAUGGGUUAUGGGUGGUGUUUCACGGGGUUGGCCAUGUUGAAUGUGGCUAGUGUGGCGAUGAGUGUGGUGUUGUCCAAGUAUGGACACCAAUGGAACCAGAACCACAAGAAUUGA